AUGCGGCACUUCAUCGUCCUCUGGCCACUGUUUUCCUAUGUAAUUGUCGCCACCAGUAACCCUGGAGACUGCGGCGAUGCUUGCAAAUCCGUGAUCUCUGGUCUUACUUUUACAGGGGUCUCUCCCCUCUCGGACUACUAUGGCUCUCUAUGUACCAACACCCUCAGCGUUCAAUCAACCUUCCUUUGCAUGAAACAUUAUUGUACGGACAGUGAAAACUAUGCGACGUUCGAAGACCUGAGCAGUUUCUGCGAAGAAUAUGGAGCUGUAUCUCUGCUGCCCUGGUCAAUUAUCAGCAAUAUAUCGGAUGCCAAAUACCUUGAAUACCCUCAUAUCGGCCCCGAUGAUUUGACCAGCACCACAACGUAUACUACUCCUGUUUUUGUGGAAGCACUAACGUGGACCACUUCCACCGUGACGCGAGCCAACUAUGGAUACGCAAUGUUUGGAUACUUUGGUAUCAUAAUUGUCGUUACUGCUUUCAUACGACUGGCUGGUUAUCUCCUUCACACAUGUCCCUUUCCCGUUCCUCAAUCUUUCCCAACUCUACGUCGCCAACUGAAGCAGCAUAUAUCUACACCUGCUCUCAUUGGAAAGAGAGUGUCACAGCCUAGCAUAGCAGGAACAGUACCAACACGACUGCAGUCUCUAACCAUUGCCGCCUUUGUCAUAAUCAAUUUCGUUAUCUGCUGCGUGCACCAUGCUAUCUUCGAAGGGAAUAUCUACUGGCCGAAUCUAUCCUCACAACUCGCACGAUACGUCGCGGACAGAGCGGGUGUUUUGGCCUUUUGCAACCUCACCCUCCUCUGGGCGUUUGCUAUGAGGAAUAACGUGCUUAUAUGGCUUACGGGGUGGAGCUUUGCAACGUUUAAUCAGUUUCAUCGAUGGGUCGCUCGUCUUGCGACGGUAGAGGCCAUUUGCCAUGGGAUAUGCUACACGGUGUUUGAAUUCAACGAAGUUGGAUUUGAGGGGUAUAAAUUCGUCUGGACCGAGCGAUAUUGGUGGAUGGGUGUGAUUGGUGUUUCUUCCAUGAGCUUCCUAGGGGUUCUCGCCGUUUAUCCCCUGCGAAAGCAUAUGUAUGAGUUCUUCUUACUCGUCCAUAUACUCCUUGCGGUCCUUCUCCUGGUGGCAAUGUGGUACCACCUUGAGAUAUUCAACGGCGAAUAUGACCCUUACAUCUGGGCCUGCGCAUCCGUGUGGGCAUUCGACCGAGCACUCCGCUACGGACGCAUCUUGGUCAUCAACCGAUUUACAAUGAAGUCAACGGCGCGAUAUAUUGAAGAGGCAAAUGUAGUCAAAGUCACCGUUCCAAUACGAGACAUCAUCCGUCCGAAACCCGGUACAUACUACUACAUAUAUAUGGUCAGCGGUCUGAAAAUCUGGGAAUGUCACCCAUUUACACUCAGCUCAUGGGAGUCCUCCCACUCCAAGACCUCAAACGACGGCCCCUCUACAGUGACGUUCAUGUUCCGAGUAUACAACGGUUUCACGCGGCGAGUGCGCGAGCGGCUGGAGGUAAACACCCACGCCGAUAAUGGGUCAGAGAAGUGCCAUAAGCCCAUUCGUCUGCUCAUUGAAGGUCCAUACGGACAUGGUCACACGCUUUCUGGGCAUAGCUCUGUGCUGUUUAUCGUGGGUGGUCUUGGAGUCACGGUUGCGCUAUCGCAUUUGCAGGCUCUGCGGGAAUCUGCGGCGAGGGAUGAAAAUAUGAGAACGAGACGUAUCCAUGUUGUGUGGUCUGUUCGGGAGGAGGGGUUGUUGCACGAGGUUUAUGAGGAGGACCUUGCGCAGUGGCGGAGCUCGGAUGCUGCCAGGAGGUUUGAUCUGCGUUUUGAUGCCUAUGUCACUGGGGCUGGGCAUGUCUCGUCAACUGCUGUUCCGGUAGGUCAGUCGCCUACUGAUAAACAGAUGGUUUCAGACGAGACAGAUCUUGGACUUUUAGAUUCUGGUAUUCUGCCUGAGACUCAUCCCUCAGUAUCAUUCCAGAAGAACAUCUUCCGUCACAGACCCCGCGUCCACGAUAUUGUCCAUGAAGCCGCAGAGGCAUGUGCCAUGCCCGAGGAGGAUCUGGCGGUUGUGUCGUGUGGUCCUGGAGCUCUUUCCGAUGAUGUUAGGGAUGCGGUAGUUGAGGCUCUAGGGAGGGGCCACAACUCCAUAGAUCUGUAUCCUGAGACAUUCACUUGGUAA